UAUGCUUCUCCUGAGCAGCUUGCAAAACCUCCCAUACCUUAUAAUGAAAAAGUUGACAUAUAUUCGUUAGGAAUAAUUUUCUUUGAGCUUCAUUUCCCAUUUUCAACUGGGCAUGAACGUUAUCAAGUUCUAAAAGAUUUAAGACAUGGCAUAUUACCAAAUGGAUUUGUUCAACGAUUCCCAAAAGAGUCGGCGUUUAUUUUGUGGAUGAUGGCAGAAGAUCCAGAUAAAAGACCAAAUGCUAAACAAAUAUUAGAUUUUGAAUUAUUAUCUGGACCAAUUCAUGGCGAACAUGCAGAGCUACAACAUAGACUGGUUGAAAAUACACAAAGAAUCGAUGUUAUUACUAAAGAAAAUGAAAUGUUAAAGAAAAAGGUUGAGGAAUUGGAAAAAAUGUUAAAGGAUUGUGAAUGUAAAAACAAAAAAUAG